UCAGCGCGGCGUCCAGUGCGACAGACUCGCGUCCUCUGCCCCGCAGACAUUGCUGCACACUUCACUAAUGUGGACUUCUUAACUGCAGAGACCGGGAAGCCUGCAAACAUGAAGUACAAGAAUCUGAUGGCGAGAGCUAUGUACGAUAACGUUCCAGAAUGUGCCGAAGAAUUGUCUUUUCGGAAAGGGGAUAUCUUAACAGUGAUUGAGCAGAACACUGGAGGUCUGGAAGGGUGGUGGCUCUGCUCAUUACAUGGUCGCCAAGGCAUUGCACCAGGAAAUAGACUGAAGCUUCUCAUUGGGCCUGUGUCAGACCCUUCUAAACAUGAUAAUAUUCCAAAGCAGGAAGCGUCUCCUCAGUCCUGCUACCAACAGCAAAUUUAUCAGGUGCCACAAAGCUCUCUUCAGGAUUCUGUCUACCAGGUUCCUCCAUCUCACUAUAGUCCAGCCAUGUUUAAGGCUUACAGGAGUCAUGAUUUGGAAGACCUAAAGCAAACUCCACAGUUUGUAGAAAGUAUGGACGGUUCUCCAGGUGCCAAGGUCAUAACACCCGUGAGGAUGGGACAAGGGUACGGUUAUGAAUCGUCACCAAAGUGGCUGGCCAAUGUCUAUGACACCCCUCCUGCUCGACCUCAAGGGGUAUAUGAUGUUCCCCCAGCUACUAAAAAUAACAUGUGCUUAGGUUCCGCCAGAGAACAAGGAAUUUAUGAUGUUCCUCCUCCCCAGGCGGUUUACAACAUAUUACCCUCUGCUAAGGAUAGAGCAUAUGACUUUCCAUCAUCAAUGAAACAAAGGCCAGAAGCAACUUAUGACACUCUUCCUCCAAGUUCCAAGACAUGUCAAGAGCAGUGCAAGAAAAUAAAUGGUAUUAGCCAAUUGCACUCUGAGGUUGCUUCAAGAAAAGGCAGUGUAUAUGACAUUCCUCGUAACCAGCUCAGUCAGACAGCAGCAGAUGACUAUGACUUUCCUCGAGGUGUUCACAUCUCUUGUGAUACUGGAUCAGAGGACCAGGAGGGAAUCUAUGAUUUCCCACCACAAGUUCAGCAGGACUGCAAGCGAAUGCAGGAUGUGACCGAUGGUGUAAAUAGGUUGUCCUUCUCUAGUACUGGAAGCACUAGAAGCAACAUGUCUACAUCUUCUACAACUUCUAAGGAAUCAUCUGUGGCAUCUUCACCUUCUCAAGACAAAAAACUCCUAAUGGACCCAGACUCUGCCAUAGAAUUGUUGCUGAGACUUCAACAAACGGUGGAAACGUCCGUGUCCAAGUUAUUGACUUUUGUUAAUGCUGAGUGGCGAUCAUACUCCUUCAUGGAAAGACACAUAAAUGAAAUACAUUCUGCAGUAGACAAAGUACAGCGUUCUCUGUAUGAAUUUCUCCAAUUCUCAAAAGGGGCUACAAUAAAUGCCUCUUUUAUUUCAGAGCCUAGCCUGUAUAAUAAAAUGAAAAGAGAAUUGCAGAGACUGGACGAUUCCCACCAAAUCUUGGCUCAGACCAGCCAGGACCUCAACAACUGCAACUGGUCCCUCAAUGUUCUGUCUUAUAACAAAGCUGCCAACAAAUGUGACAGCCUAGAAAGAUUUGUCAUGGUAGCCCGGACAAUUGUAGAUGAUGCUAAGCAGUUAACCACCAGUAUCAGUGUCAAUGCUGCUGAUUUAUUUAGACAAGCAAACCUCCAAAAUCAGAAACCUUCAGAUGCCAUCAAUAGUAAUUCAGACUUUAUGUUCAGCAGCCCAAAGCCCCAGACUAUACAAGCAGUUCAACCAGUGACACAAAUUGGAAAUGAGCUCAAUCCAAACUUUAAGAGUCGGGAAGGUUCAGUAAGAAGUUGGAUGGAUGACUAUGAUUAUGUCCACUUACAGGGUAAAGAAGAAUUUGAGCGUCACCAGAGAGAACUUCUAGAGAAGGAAAAUAUUAUGAAGCAAGGGAAACCACAACUGGAGCAGCAUCAGCUGAGUCAGUUCCAGCAGCUGGAGCAGGAGAUUACCACACCGAUGGAAAAUGAUAUCUCAAAGUGGAAAUCACUUUGCAGCGUUCCUGCUGAAAACAGCACUCUGACGCCUCAAGAUAAGCAGCUACUGUCUUUCUACUCCGACCAGUGCGAGGCCCUCUUCAUCUCCCUCCUCAACUCCAUCGACGCCUUCUUCAAUUGCAUGAGCACAGCGCAGCCCCCCAGGAUUUUUGUGGCCCACAGCAAAUUUGUCAUCCUGAGCGCACACAAACUGGUAUUUAUCGGGGACACUCUUUCCAGACAAGUUUCCACAAAGGAAAUCUGCCAUAGACUGAUGAAUUCCAGCAACCAGCUGUGCGAACUGCUUAAAAAUAUUGUGUUGGCCACCAAAAUGGCCGCCUUGAACUACCCAAGUGCUGCGUCCUUACAGGACUUGGUGAACCGCGUGACAGAACUGGCCAAUCAGGCGCAGCUAUUUAAACUUUCCUUGGCACAGAUGGCUUCUUUAUGAGAGGGGCUACAUACCCAAUAGUUGUACAUAUUCUUAAUUAUUAGGAUUCCACAGUGUACAUAUAAAUAUGAUAUUUUUGUAGAUUUUUAUUGUUUAAAGAACAAAUGUGCUAUUUUGCCUAGGCCUUGGGGUUUAGUGAGAAUUUCUGACAUACAUAUUACAUGCUGAUAGCCCCGAUGUCCACUCUUUGCACCUUAUAUCAUGUGUAUGUACAUUAAAUUAAACAUACCCGCCGUUUACUACGGUAGGUCUCUGUAGAUGUAUUGAUUUUUUUUGUUUCUUUUUACUUUUUGAAAUGGGUAGAAAUCUGGAACCCUUCCCCCUUCUCCCAGCACCAUAUAUAUUACUGUGCAUAGGCUAGGUCAACAGAAGUGGAUCAUGUAUUACUGGUGUUAAAGGGUGAGCAUUAUAUCAGAGAUACCGUAUUGUGGUGAUAAAGUAGGCGUAACUAUUCCAGUGUACCCAUGUAAUUCCUGUACUUAAAAUCAUGCUUAGCCAGUAUGUAAGAUAGUAGAUUUUCCUUAUGGUAAUUUUAGACUUCAUCUGGAAGAAUUGUACAGAGUUUUUUUUUAAUUCUUUUUAUUUUUCAGUAAGACAGAUGUUUAGUAUGAAUCUAAAUCUCAAAGGAGCUUGUGGGAAACUGUGUCAUAAUUUAUAAAUGAGUGUUUGUUUAUAUGGUAUUUUUAUCAAAGUAAUAUUAUUGAGGUAAAGAGUUAAUGUGCACUGUGUCAAAAUGUAAAAGCAAAUUAGUUUUGUUUUUUAUAAAGAGAGUUUCUAAAGAA